CGAGAAACAGUCGCCAGCCAGCCCAGAGAGAGAGAGCGCGACACCGGGAGGGUAGACCGCACGUACGAACACGCUCGCCCGCUCGCGCAACUACUAAACACGUUUCGAAUGUACCAUUGUAAUAAAUAAACAACUAAAAAAUACUUUUGUUUCAUAUAUAUAAAGAUACCGACAGAGAUUUGCGUGUGCUCACGUGUUCACCUGAGCUGUCAUCCCCCACCUGUCUGUCCAUCGUCUGCCAGUCGCCGCCGCAACCGCCAAUCCUUCUCCUGCGCUUGCCCAAGUAUCCACGACUACGCAGCCAGAUUGACAUGGAGCAGGACAGCUGUCGUUUCGGUGGUGGCAGCGGUAUGGUGGGAGGCCAGGCCCGGGCCAUGCCAGGCCAGCCCCACGCAGGGCAACUGCUCAUCACGAUGGAUGACCUGGACACAAUGUCGGAGGAGACCAAGGAAGGCUCGAACUGCACGAGCGGCGAAGGUGUGGACAACGCGAGCGGACUGAUGGACAACAGAAGCAAUGAAGCCAUGGAGGAGCGGCUUUUCAACUACUGGGAGGACAUCGCUCGUACCCAUCAGGUGGUGGUGCCCAGAGAAAUGGCACAGCCUAUUCAGCAGAUGUCGAUGAACAAUCACCCAGAAACCCGGGAACUGAAUCCUUACACAGUCAUCCAGAGGAACGAGACGGGGGACAGUCGCAUGCCGGUGGAGGAGCGCGAGUACCCGGCAGGCUGGUGGGCAUGCGUGACAACCAAAGAGGACACCUACGAGCAGAGUAUCUGCUACGCGUUCAUGAAGAUCAUGAGAUACAUCUGCAGGGACAAUUCCACCGGCUCAUACCUGGGCAUGACAAUCCCGAUCGUUACUACGGUGCAAGUGGACGAGGCAACGGGCACUCUGUUCCACCAUGUGGUGGUAGGGUACCGCCUGCCCGUGCACCUUCAGGGCGAGCCACCCACGCCCUUCGACCCUACUGUCUCUAUUGAGGAGCGCCCGGCCAUGCGAGUCUACACCCGUGAGUUCAGCGGUGCCACCAACGAGACUACGAUCAUGCGUCAAGUGAAUGAGCUGACACAGAUCCUGGGCCCCUCCGAGCUCUACAACACUGAGACCCACUUCAUCGCUGCCUACAACAACCCGGCCGCAGCCAACCGCCGCAACGAAAUCUGGUUCAUUCGGAGAAUCUAGCUGGCACGGCCGCUAUAACAUGCCACAGAGUGGUGGCGCAAUCCGAAGAUGAGAGGGGGCACACGACCCACAGUAAACUUUACCAUGUUAAUUAGUCUUCUUUAAAAGGCAGGUCCCACAGUUGAGCUAUCAGUUUUGCGCUAACAAAUCAAUCUAAAUAGAGAACUUAUUCACCUCCAACUGCUUUGUCCACAUUUGAGCAAGAAUUUGCGCAACAAGGACUUAUUUGCCAUCGCUAAAGGUCUGACCUAGCCAACUUGCGUACAGCCCCACCCAUUUUCUGUUUAGCCCCCCCACUGCACCAACACCCACGUCAGGAUUGUCACAACCAAGCAUUGUUUGCAAAUGUGCAUGUGAUGAAGGAUGUCACUAUAAAAUUUCGCUGAGCGAAUCACUUUAAUUCAGUUUGUUCUACUUUAAGCAAUUGGUUGUGCAAUUGUUACAGAAAUGUCCACAUAUAAGCGAUUCAUCGCUCAGAUGUGGACCCACUCUAAAGACAACAACCAAAACCACUGAGCCCUCUACAGUGAGGGAAAAAAGUAUUUGAUCCCCUGCUGAAUUUUUGAAAGUUUACCCACUGACAAAGAAAUGAUCAGUCUAUAAUUUUAAUGGUAGGUUUAUUUGAACAGUGAGAGACAGAA